CCCGCCACGUACCUCCGCAAGGCGUCUCCGGCUACACCGCAGCCUCACCCACGGGAUCCCCGGGACCCGGCUCCGAUCCCGCCCUCGGCAUCGCUCCCGGGGCGGCGCAGCCUCCCUUCCCGGGACCCCCGCCCCCGAGAGGGGCGGGCAGGGCGCCUACAAGCCCCAGGCUGCCCGGCCGGGGGCAGGGCAGCAGCGACGUGGCCGGCGGCCCCCGCUCCGCCCCGCUCCGCCCGCUGCGCUCCGGGGCUCGGCCCCGCCAUGGGUCGUGCACUGCUGGUCCUCCUCUUGUCUGCAACCGUUUCUCUCCUGGGUGGGCUGAUUUUUGGAUAUGAGCUGGGGAUAAUCUCUGGAGCACUGUUGCAGCUGCAGACAGACUUCCAGCUCAGCUGCUUCAAGCAAGAAGUUGUAGUGAGCGCUGUCCUUAUCGGGGCGUUCCUCGCCUCGCUGGCAGGGGGGAUCCUCAUCGACCACCAUGGCCGGAGGAGAGCAAUCUUGGUCAGCAACUUGGUUCUCUUGGUGGGCAGCCUCAUCCUCACACUGGCCGGGUCAUUCACGGUACUGGUCAUUGGGCGCAUGACCGUGGGCUUUGCCAUCUCUGUCUCAUCCAUGGCCUGCUGCAUCUAUGUCUCAGAAAUGGUGGCUGCUCACCAGCGAGGCCUGCUGGUGUCUCUCUACGAAGUGGGAAUCACCAUGGGCAUCCUGCUGUCCUACGCCCUGAAUUAUGUCUUUGCAGAUAUGGAUGAGGGGUGGAGGUACAUGUUUGGACUGGCCAUUGCCCCGACAGCCAUGCAGUUCCUCAGCAUCCUCUUCCUCCCAGUGAACCCUGUUAAAUUAAGCUCGUGGGACUCAGACUGCCAGAAGGGCCUCAUCCCUCUGCAGGACACCAAGGACAGAGUAGCGGCAAAGCGGGAGCCCUAUCAGGAGAGGCAUUACUCAUUUCUUGAUCUUUUCAGGAGCAGAGACAACAUGAGAAGAAGGACUCUGGUGGGCCUGGGGCUGGUGCUCUUCCAGCAGUUCACUGGGCAGCCCAACGUGCUGGGCUAUGCCUCCAAAAUCUUCCACUCAGUGGGCUUCCAGAGCAACUCCUCGGCCAUCCUGGCCUCGGUUGGGCUGGGAGCAAUAAAGGUGGUGGCCACGCUGGUGGCCAUGGCCUUGGCAGACAGGGCAGGCAGGAGGGUGCUGCUGAUGUCUGGCUGUGUGGUGAUGGCUGUCUCUGUCACCACCAUCAGCCUCUGCAGCCGCCUGGCUCCGCUGGCCAUGGCCAGGGACUGCCGAGCAGCCGCAGGCCCCAACGCAUCCCACGGGCUCAGCCAGCACCCCCUGACCCCUCUGCUCCCACCCUCUGCUGUGUCACCCGUCCAACCAGUGCCAGGGGCUGCCAGAAGUCAGGCAGGCCCUGGUUUUGCUGCCACCAGGAGCCUUAUGGAGGUUUUUGCCAGCACUCAAAGCAAAGAGGUUGUUCCUAAUUCUUCCCUGACUCAGAAAAGAGAUUUGGUAAGUGAAUCCAGGAAAGGAAACACAGGCCCUCGUCUUGAUGCUGCUCCCUGGGCACAACAUACGGUCUCAAAUUGGAUCACACUGCUGAGCAUGAUGGCUUUUGUGAGUGCCUUCUCAGUUGGAUUUGGGCCAAUGACCUGGCUGGUCCUGAGUGAGAUUUACCCUGCUGGGAUAAGAGGAAGAGCCUUUGCCUUCUGUAACAGCUUUAACUGGGCUGCUAAUUUACUGAUCAGCCUCUCCUUCCUGGACCUUAUUGAUGCCAUUGGAUUCUCCUGGAUGUUUCUUCUCUAUGGGCUGAUGGGAGUGAUGGCUGUUAUAUUCAUUUACCUUUUUGUGCCAGAAACAAAAGGACAGUCCCUGGAGGAGAUAGACCAGCAGUUCUGCAGGAAACGGGCGUGGGAAGGAAAUGUGUUCAAGCAGAGACGUGGAAGAGGAGCGAGCUGCACACAAGCACAGUACCAGAGAGUGGAGCACUCCAGCAGCACAUGAAACCAGCAAGCUGCCAGCAGCAUCGUGUGUAUAGGUGUAUGUAAUAUAUACAUCGUGUACACAUAUAUAUAUGUGUAAUAUAACAGCAUGGUGUGUGAGGAGUUCCACCAGCAGAGGAGCAGGCUGGGCUAUCAGGACACUUCUUUGGAGCCUUUUACUGGUGACCUGUGGUCGGUGACAGUUCUGAUCUCUGGUCAGUGGCAGUUCUCCCUGCAGUGCCUUAGAUCUGGAAGCACACCAACAGCAUGUCCUUUGGGUCCUGGGACAGAAUCACUGUUCCCAGGCAGAGAAUACAUCCUUCCUUUGCUAUCUUUUAAUUUUUCAUCAUUUGUGUCUCCUGUCAUUUGAGAGAUUGUUGGUUUUAUACGCAGGAAUUAAAGCACGUUUUGCUGACA